CCGCCGACGUUGUGCCGGCGCGCACGCUGCUUGCUCGUGCUUCGUCUUUUGUUGCUGCUGCUUCGAUAAAGGUUCACGUGGCAUUCGUGCAGCUGUCGGUGCCAGGAGCAGAGGGGCAUUAUUUUUCGUCCUAGCUAUACUGACUCGGCUGCCGUGAACCACGCCGUGCAACCAACCGCCGCAGCCGUCUUCUGCUAUUUCCUCGACUGCGCAACGGCGUGGAGCUGACUGUGUCUACAGCGGACUGUGGCUUUCGUCAACCCGUGUUAUGGCUUCGGUACGCUGUUUCGGAAGAUAACUUGUCCUCCGAUUUGCUCCUUUCCAACGCCGCUUUUGUUCCAAGCGAGCAGUCGCAGUUAAAGUGGACGCAACGCCCCGACGUUCCAUUUCACCGGCAUCAUGAAACGAGUCAAUGAGAAGAUGGCGUCCGACGACGACCGACUUCGCGCCGACGAAGACGUCGAUUCUCUGAAGAAGGACUUGCCCCCGCCGGGCUGGAAGCGUAAUCGGGUGCUGCUUGUCAUGCGGGGAGUGGAUGAGGUUAUAUCUUCGCACCUCUUUCUGGCGGCCACAGAGUCAUCGCCGCUCGCCAAGUACCGCCGCAUGCUGACCAUGUUUGAGAUGUCCGCCCACUUCGCCAUAUGGUUCGGUGGCCUCAUUUUCCUCAUGUGGUUCUUCUCCAUCGACUUGGCACUGAGGACGUUCCUCUUCAACGUAUUCCUUGCUCUCUUGAUCGACGUCGUGCUGGUGGCGGUGCUCAAGGCCGUGGCGCGCCGCCGCCGACCCGGCGUGAGCCGCGAGCAGUACGAGCGCGAGCCCCUCUCGUCCAACCUGAGCUUCCCUUCGGGCUUCACCUCGCGCGCCUUUCUGGUCACCCUGAUCGUGGUCAAGCACAGCCACUUGUUCCCGCUCUUCAAGCUGCCCUUCCUGGUGUGGUGCAUCGCCGUCGCCAUCUGCAAGCUCCUCAUGGGCAGGCAGUUCCUGGGGGACUCCUUGGCGGGUGCCAUAUUAGGCUACAUCGAGUACCACUGGAUCGUCAACCCACUGUGGCUGUCCGAGGGCGCCGCCUCCUUCUUCUUCAACACCUUCAACGCCCUCGAAGAGCCCACGUACGACUCGAUGCUGUGAUGAUUACUGUGUGGUGCAACUUUGUAUUAGAUAAACUGGACAUUCCUUUUUUUUCUUACUCGGUGUGUGGGUGUGUUCGUGUGUGUGUAUGUUCUCUGUGUUAAUGAAGCACGUGUGAUUCAA